GACCGACUGCAGCUCUGACUCUGUUUUUACUCUCUGUCAGUGAUAUCUUUAGACCUCAUAUACCACAUGUGCUGAAAUGUUGCCGAUUUCCCGCCAUCUGACAGGAGUAUCGUGGUUCACACUGAUCCUUGCAUGAUCGCGCGGUGUGUUUUAUUUUUAUUUUGAUGUCGUGGUGUUGUAAUAUCGCUGUGCGGUGUAUGGUGCCUCUGCCUUCUGGACCAACACCGCUAGCUCGCUAGCUUAAGGAUAGCUGAAAAUAAUAAUAAUACAAAUAAAAACAAAACAAAAAAAAAAAAAAAAAAACAGGUGAGGAAUCAAAUCCCGUGUCCAUGGACAACACGUCCAUCAUUACCCAGGUAGCAAAUCCAAAGGAGGAAGAGAUAAUUUCUUCGUGUCAGGAAAAAGUUUCCCAGUCAAACAGCAGUUUAAAGAAACACAGGAACAGAAGUAUCUUUAGUCCCUUCUUCUGCUGUUUCCGGGACUAUAAUGUGGAACCAUCAGCCAACAACAACAAGACCUGCAGCCUUCCUCCACCUGCCGAGGAGAACAGCAGCCUUCCAAAGUGUGAUCAGGUCCAGGUCAUCCCUAUUCCCAGUCCUCCAGCCAAAUUCCUCCUGCCUGAGGUCACCAUUAAUGACUACGGCAAGAACUGUGUGGUGAUCGACCUGGAUGAGACACUCGUGCACAGCUCCUUCAAGCCCAUCAACAACGCAGACUUUAUAGUCCCUGUGGAGAUUGAUGGAACAGUUCAUCAGGUCUACGUACUGAAGAGGCCUCACGUGGAUGAGUUUCUGCAGAAAAUGGGCGAUAUGUUUGAAUGUGUUCUUUUUACAGCCAGCUUAGCAAAGUAUGCUGAUCCUGUAGCAGACCUGUUGGACCAGUGGGGUGUGUUCAGGGCACGGCUCUUCAGGGAAUCCUGUGUGUUUCACAGGGGGAACUACGUCAAAGACCUCAGCCGACUGGGCAGAGAGCUCAACCAAGUCAUCAUAGUAGACAACUCACCUGCCUCCUAUAUCUUCCAUCCAGAAAAUGCUGUGCCGGUACAGUCGUGGUUUGAUAACAUGACCGACACUGAGCUGCUGGAUUUACUGCCAUUGUUUGAAGACCUGAGCAGAGAGAAGGACAUUUACAGUGUGUUACAGAGCCUGAAGGCCAGGUAGCACACGGGUCCAGUACUGCCUUGCUUAACUUUACCACACAUACAUAAACAAAACCUGACAUCCAUUUCAGGCCAAGCCACCAUACAUCUCUGGCCUCUAGAGGACACCACUCACCCAGCAAAGGAGCAGAUAGCCGCAACUCCGUCCAUCACUCUACGGACAAAACCUUCCUGUUAUGUCCACCCUCAACGGUCCUCAGCAAUUAUGUAUACUCAGAUUCAAAUUCUGAUGCAGAAUGGAGAAAACAAGCAAACAACAAGUCAUUUUAUAACACAAGAGUUUACUAUCUUUGAGUUCUAUAUAUUUACCAGGAAAAAAAUAAGACAAACUAUUUUUCUGGGCAGGUGAAAAGACAGUUUUAAACUCUUCUGUUCAGACUAUGCAGGCAGUCUUUUCCACAUCAACAGUAAUGCUAACAACUGUGAUUUUCCCUCUUUCUCUUUUAAAAUAAAGUGCCUUCUUCUGACUGUUUUUAUGAGGACAUAAAUUACUUUUUUGUAUGCUGCAUAUUUACAGUGAAUUCGAAAUCUUUAAACAAAUACCCACUGUAAGACCAAGGGGAAAAUGUGAGUCUAUCGUUUAAAAUUCUGGUCAGGAGUCUUCACUGGACUGAAUAAUAUAUUAUUGGGCAAAUGAUGGUGCCAUUAUUUUCUUGGGUUCUAUUAUGCCUUUGAAAAUAAAGCAUAUAAGCAUUGAGUUUAAGAUGAUAAUCAGUGGUUUGCAUCUAUUACCCAUUUGUGAUUUGAAUUAAUGAUUAAAAAAAAGAAAAUAUAUAUAUAUAUAUAUUGUGAAAUAGGCUAAUGUUAACAAUCCAAUACGUCACGAUCAGAAAUUAAUACUCAUCAUUUUCUAAAUAAAAGAUGCAGUCAAUAAAGAUGUAAUCAAU